CGACGACGUAACGUAGCAACACGAAAAGCCGACAGCGAAUGGACUUUGAAAGUUUGAUGGAAUUUGUAAACUUCUUGCUCGUUUCAUUUCAUUUUGAAGAGAUAAUGCGGCCUUAAAUCGUCCAUCGUCUGCUUUAUGUAGACGAUACAUUAAGAGCAUUGUAGCAUAAUUAUCAGUGAUCGUUAGAAUUAUGUAAAUUAACGUCAGAAAUAGACGAAGCAGUAGGCUACAGAUUGACAACUUUCAUAACGUCAAGCAUUCAAAAUGGCCGACGUUCAGUAUGUGGCCUCGUUCAAAAACAAAGGAAAGAAUCCUGCAGCACCGGCAUCAUUUCUCCCUACAUUACCAGCAAAGCGCAGUAAACCCGUAUGGCAGGCCAACCCACCAUCCUUUGUAUUGUCGGGAAAACCACCAGAAGACCAAGUAGAGGAACUCAGUGUGGCAGCCCAGCUUACAACACGAGAACCCAAGAAAAAGGAAAGGCCGGUCGGAGCAAGUCAUGGGACCCAGAGAGCAAUGGUGCUGUGAACGGGGCCGGCAAAACCAAGGGCUUCUCACAUCCGCGCAAGGACAGAGAGAGUUUCCGCAAUGCAUUGGUGAACAUCAUCAUGCAACAAGAGACCCCUGACAGCAGGCCACCCUCAGUCGCUGAAGGGGACCUCCCCCCACUGUCAAGAACUGGCUCACCCACAGCUGCUGAAAAAGACAUCCUGCGCUACUAUUACUACAUCCACAAUGGGAUCGACACAGAACACGUUGCACCUAUGGAAGACUCCUGGCUGGAUAACGUCCUCCAUCUUGUGUCCGAAGACCUGAAGUCAGGACACACGGAGACAAUAGAGAACCUCUCAGAUGAAAUGAGAGAGGAUUACUUGCUGAGUGUCAAGAAGGCCAUUGUGGACUUUGUGCUUCGCGAUCCCCGUGAGAAGGAAGAAGACAAAGCAGAGUCCAAGCCGCCUCACCGUACCGAGCUGUCCGUGGUGCCUAAGCCAUGGUACAAAUCCUUCCUGGCAUCACAGACGUCCAUGAACCAGGACCUGAAUAUCACCAACCCUACCAUGCUUCAAGUACUGGAGCUGUGGCAUGUGUCAUUUGGAAAUCUUCGGCUGGUGGAUGUGACAGAGUUUCACCAGAAGACGGAGUCUAUGGAGCUUGCCAUCUUCCAGAAUCUUGUCAUGAGGCACAUUGAUGCCGCCAAAGAAAAACUACUCAAGAAGUGGUUUCCCGAAGUGCAGAACAUCUACUACCAGGGCAACAGACGCAAGCUGGUACCCAGCAACCACAAUGGUCGCAAGCUAGAGUCCUUCUUCAACUGCGCAGCAACACUCAUGACAGAGCAACUGCAGGGCCUGUGCCUGAACUCCAUGACAGAUUUCACCGAUCUCAUAUGCCAGCCUCCCGACUCCAUCCGUGCUCAUGAACACUCUGGUUUCAUCAUGCGGCUGGUACUGGAUGGGAGCAACAUCAAGUUUGAGCCCACCUUCUCCGAUUUUGAGGUUGUGUUGCUGAAUGUCUACGACGUCAUGCUGAAGGCUGUCAGUGUAGUGCCUCGUGUGGAAACCAAGCUGUACUCGGAAUGGAGUGGACCCAAGUCCAAGGCCAUCCUGCGCCCAAUCAUCCUGGAAGACAUUCUGAACAGGCACAAGGAGAAGAUCCGUGAGAUCGUCAGCGAGGAGAGUGUGAUACCCAAGGACCACCUCAAGAUCUAUGACAAGUACAACUUCCUCAUUAACAAACAGGCUGACACAGAUGUUGAACAGUUCAUGGCAGAGGAGCACUCAUUUGAAGAGUAUGCGCGUGAGGUCAGAAAGUACAACAAGCUAGGAGAGGAGAUACAAUACAACACCCGCAAGGACGGAGCUGACCAGAGAAAGGUGAUCCGUCUGGGUAUGUUUGAGCUUCACUGUGAUGAGCUCAUCCGUGCUCUGUCCAAGAGAGCUGAGACUCUCAGCGGUCGUCUGCUAGCCAGGAUGAACAUGGACCAUGCAGAAGCCAACAGAAAACUAUGUGAUGAGUACGAAGCCAUUGCAGAGAAGGCCCUGACCACCCCGCCCAACACGGACAAGCUGAUGGAGCUGUCGGAGUUCAUCGAGGGCGUGGAGAAGAAGACCAUCUUUGAGCUGGAGAAGCAGCUGAUCCUGAGCAGGGACCGGCUGGCCUUCCUGGUAGACUACGCCAGCUUCUCCCCGGCCGAGAUGCGUCUGAACAGCAGCACCUUCCAGUGGCACGAGCGCAUGCCUGAGAUCUUUGCUGAGCACAAGCAGAUCGUGUCCGAGAAGACCUCACAGUACCAGGAUGGUCUCAAGCUGAGGCGUGAGCGUUUCCAGGAGGAAUUGGAAGGUUACUCCAAGCAACUGGAGGAGUUCUCAUCCUUUGGUGACAUGUCUGAAGUUGGCCGGUACCUGAAGAAGGCCCAGGCCCUGACUGUCAGGCUGGAGGCAGCAAUGGAGAAGAUUGAGGCCUUCAAUCAAGAGGAGGAAGCCUUUGGAUGGCAGACCUCUGCCUACCCACAGCGUAACACCAUCAUGAGCACCUUGCAGCCAUACCACAAGCUGUAUGAGACCACUGUGGAGUUCAAUACCAGACACAAACAAUGGAUGGACGGCGCCAUGCACGAGGUGGACCCAGACAAAGUGGACCAGGACGUGGGCAACUACUGGCGCACCCUGUACAAGCUGGAGAAGACCUUCGGCGACGUACCCAUGGCCCAGAAGAUUGCCUCGCGCAUGAAGGACAAAGUGGAGACCUUCAAGGAUUACAUCCCACUGGUGGCGGCUCUCUGCAACCCUGGGUUGAGGGACCGUCACUGGGAGUCUAUGUCUGAUAUCGUCGGGUUCCCGUUGAAGCCAGAUGAGGAUACCACCUUGUCCAAGAUGAUUGAUAUGAAUCUGGAGCCCUUCCUGCCCAAGUUUGACAGCAUCAGUGAGUCGGCCAGCAAGGAGUACUCCCUGGAGAAGGCAAUGGAGAAGAUGGUGGGGGAGUGGGAUUUGAUGGAGUUUGUCAUGAUUCCCUACCGUGAGACCGGCACCAUGAUCCUGUCCUCAGUUGAUGACAUCCAGGUCCUGUUGGACGACCAGAUUGUCAAGACCCAGACAAUGAGAGGCUCCCCGUUCAUCAAGCCAUUCGAAAAUGAGAUCAAGGACUGGGAAGGCAAGCUACUGCUCCUGCAGGAGAUCCUUGACGAGUGGCUCAAGGUACAGGCCACCUGGCUGUACCUGGAACCCAUCUUCAGCUCCCCAGACAUCAUGGCUCAGAUGCCUGAGGAGGGCAGGCGCUUCGCCACCGUGGACAAGAACUGGAGGGACAUCAUGAAGGCAGCAGUGGUGGACAAGCAUGUGCUGGCCGUCACCGAGAUUGAGAAGAUACUGGAGAGACUAAAGAAGUCUAACGAACUGCUGGAACUCAUCCAAAAGGGCCUCAACGACUACCUGGAGAAGAAGCGUCUCUACUUCCCUCGCUUCUUCUUCCUGUCCAACGACGAGCUGCUUGAGAUCCUGUCAGAGACCAAGGAUCCGACCCGGGUCCAGCCCCAUCUCAAGAAGUGCUUUGAGGGUAUCGCCUCGCUAGAGUUCACUGACAUCUUAGACAUCACUCACAUGAAGAGCAGCGAGGGGGAGGUGGUGCAGCUCAAUGAACCCAUCUCUACCUCCAAGGCUCGGGGACAGGUGGAGAAAUGGCUGUUGGAGCUGGAGGGACUUAUGAUCAAGAGCUUGCACAAAGUUAUCAAGGAGUGCAUGGACGCCUACGCCAAGCGAGAGCGAAUCAAGUGGGUCAUCGAGUGGCCCGGCCAGGCCGUGCUCUGCAUCUCCCAGAAGUACUGGACCGACGAGAUCCACAAGGCCAUCCGCUCGGGCCAGAAGGACCUGGAAGCCUACCUGCAGCUCAACAACAGCCAGAUUGACGACAUCGUGGAGCUGGUGCGAGGAAAACUCAACAAGCAGAACCGGACCACACUGGGGGCCCUGGUGGUGCUGGACGUGCACGCCCGAGACGUCUUGUUCCAGUUGGUCCAGGACAAAGUCAGCAGUGAGAACGACUUCAGCUGGCUGAGCCAGCUGCGCUACUACUGGGUGGAGGAUCAGAUGCUGACUCGCAUGAUCAACUCCAUGCUGGCUUACGGCUACGAGUACCUGGGCAACUCAGGACGUCUGGUCAUCACCCCCCUCACGGACAGAUGCUACAGAACCCUGUUUGGAGCCCUGCACCUCCACCUGGGAGGGGCACCCGAGGGUCCUGCCGGCACCGGCAAGACCGAGACCACCAAGGAUUUAGCCAAGGCUGUGGCCAAGCAGUGCGUGGUCUUCAACUGCUCAGACGGUCUGGACUACCUGGCCCUGGGCAAGUUCUUCAAGGGACUGGCCUCCUGCGGCGCCUGGUCCUGCUUUGAUGAAUUCAACCGCAUCGACCUGGAGGUGCUGUCUGUGGUGGCUCAGCAGAUCCUUACUAUUCAGAGAGGCAUCACCUCUGGUUCCAGCACGCUGCUGUUUGAGGGAACGGAGAUCAAACUUGACCCAACCUGCUCCGUCUUCAUCACCAUGAACCCAGGUUACGCUGGCCGAUCCGAACUUCCUGACAACCUCAAAGCCCUGUUUCGCACUGUGGCUAUGAUGGUGCCCGACUACGCCAUGAUCGCAGAGAUCGUGUUGUACUCCUGCGGUUUUGUGAAAGCCCGCCCUCUGUCCGUCAAGAUCGUUGCCACCUACCGUCUGUGUUCAGAGCAACUGUCCUCCCAGCACCACUACGAUUACGGCAUGAGGGCUGUCAAGUCUGUGCUGACUGCUGCCGGAAACUUGAAGUUGAAAUACCCAGAUGAAGAUGAGGAUAUUUUGAUGUUGCGCUCCAUCAACGACGUCAACCUGCCCAAGUUCUUGUCCCACGAUCUCCCUCUUUUUGCUGGUAUUACUUCUGAUCUGUUCCCGGGUGUGGUCCUACCCAAGCCAGACUACGCCACACUGACUGAGGCAAUACAAGAGAACUGUGAGAAGAUGAACCUACAGAUGACAGACGUCUUCCUGGAUAAGAUACAACAGGUGUAUGAAAUGAUGAUUGUCCGUCACGGCUUCAUGAUUGUUGGUGAGCCUUUUGGCGGCAAGACUUCGGCCUACCGUGUUCUCGCCAAAGCUCUGGGGGACAUCACUGAAAAGGGUCUGAUGGAGGAGAACAAGGUACAGAUAACGGUCAUCAACCCCAAAUCCAUCACCAUGGGUCAGCUGUACGGUCAGUUUGACCCCGUGUCUCAUGAGUGGUCAGAUGGAAUCUUGGCGGUCAGCUACAGAGCCUUUGCCUCGUCGACGACUCCUGACCGCAAGUGGCUGAUCUUUGACGGCCCAGUAGAUGCCAUCUGGAUUGAGAACAUGAACACCGUACUGGACGACAACAAGAAACUCUGCCUCAUGAGUGGAGAAAUCAUCCAGCUGGCACCAACAACCAACCUGAUCUUUGAACCCAUGGACUUGGAGGUGGCCUCCCCAGCUACUGUCUCCCGUUGCGGUAUGAUCUACAUGGAGCCUCACAUGUUAGGCUGGCGCCCCCUCAUGGUCUCCUGGUUCAACACCCUGCCUUCUUCCUUGACUGAUGACCACAAGAAGAUCAUAGCUGACAUGUUUGACCGCAUGCUCCCUGCUUCCUUGGAGUUUGUCCGCAAGAGUGGAGUCAAGGAACUUUCUCCGUCAAACGACACCAACCUGGUGAAGUCUUUGAUGAAUCUUAUGGACAGUCUUAUGGAUGAGUUUCAAGAUGAAGCCGCUGUCAGCAAGAUGGAUGAGAGAGAAAUCAUUUCGUGGAUUGAGGGCAUCUUCCUUUUCUCCUUCGUCUGGUCCAUCGGAGCCACCAUUGGCGCGGAGGGACGUAAGAAGUUUGACCUUCUCUUCCGAGAGAUCAUGGAAGGUGGUCUGUCGGAAGAGUCCCGCAGCAAGUUCCACAUCAUCCAGUUUGUGGACCCUCCCCUCAAGAACUUCACCAUGCCCAUCCCAAAGGAGGGAAACGUCUACGAUUACUUCUUCGUCAAAGAGGGUAUCGGUCGCUGGGAGCUUUGGGUGGAGGAAAUCAAAGACGCGGCACCCAUCCCCAAGGACGCCGUCGCCAACAAGAUUAUCGUGCCUACUAUUGAGACAGUAAGAGCCACUGCGCUCAUGAAGAUGCUGGUCACUCAUCAGAAACCCUGCUUGUUUGUUGGCCCAACCGGUACUGGAAAGUCAAUCUACGUCACGGAUUUCAUUCUGACCAAGCUAGACAAGGAGGUGUACAAACCCAUCAUCAUCAACUUCUCUGCCCAGACUAGUGCCAAUCAGACACAGAACAUCAUCAUGUCCAAGCUGGACAAGAGACGUAAGGGAGUCUUUGGGCCACCCUUCGGCAAAAAGACAAUUGUGUUUGUGGAUGAUCUGAACAUGCCAGCCAGGGAGGAAUACGGCGCCCAGCCCCCCAUCGAGCUGCUUCGCCAGUGGAUGGACCAUUGGAACUGGUACGACAUCAAGGAGUGCGCAGCUAUGAAGCUGACUGACAUCCAGCUGAUUGCGGCCAUGGGACCGCCGGGCGGCGGCCGUAACAUCAUCACCCCGCGCUUCUUACGUCACUUCAACACCGUCACUAUCAAUGAGUUUGACGACGACACCAUGGCUACCAUCUUCAAGCGCAUCCUGAACUGGCACAUUACUUCCAGAGGUUUCGGCAAGGAGUUUGAGGCAGUAGGCAACCACAUCGUCUAUGCCACUACCCAGGUCUACAAGGCCACCAUGGCCAACCUGUUGCCCACCCCGGCCAAGUCCCACUACCUCUUCAACCUGCGUGACUUUGCUCGCGUCAUCCAGGGCGUCUUGCUGUCGGUGCCGGACUACUGUGAGACGCCGGCCGUCAUGAAGAGGCUCUGGGUGCAUGAGGUGUUCCGUGUCUACUAUGACCGUCUAGUAGACAGCAAUGACCACGGCUGGCUGGUCAAGUUCAUGCAGGACGUGGUCUCCAGCCACCUUAAGGAGGACUUCAACCAGCUCUUUGCUCACCUGGACUUUGACGGAGACGGCAAGGUGGUUGAGGAUGACUUGCGCAGCUUGCUCUUCUGCGACUUCACCGACCCCAAGAACGAGAACAAGAACUACAUCGAGGUCAUGGACGUGGAACAGCUGCGUAAGAUUGUGGAGGGCCACCUGGAUGAGUUCAACGCCCUCAGCAAGAAACCCAUGAAUCUUGUCCUCUUCAGAUUUGCCCUGGAGCACGUGUCGCGCAUUGCCCGCAUCAUCAAGCAGCCCAACGGCCACGCCCUGCUGGUAGGCGUCGGUGGCAGUGGCCGGCAGUCCCUGACUCGUUUAGCGGCUCACAUGGCCGAGUACGAGCUGUUCCAGGUAGAGAUUGGCAAGAGCUACACCAUGAUUGAGUGGCGGGAGGAUCUCAAGAUGAUCCUGCGCAAGAGCACCGAGGGGGAGCAGCACGGGGUCUUCCUAUUCAGUGACACACAGAUCAAGCAAGAAUCCUUCUUGGAAGACAUCAACAACCUGUUGAAUGCCGGUGAGGUGCCCAACCUGUAUCCUAACGAUGAGAAACAAGAGAUAUGUGAGAAGAUGAGGGUGCUUGACAGGCAGCGAGAGAAGUCCAAGCAGACCGACGGUACGCCUCUCUCCCUGUUCAACAUGUUCAUUGAGCGUGUGCGUGAGCAGAUGCAUAUCGUCCUGGCCAUGAGUCCAAUCGGAGACGCCUUCCGUAACCGACUCAGGAAAUUCCCGUCACUGGUGAACUGUUGCACCAUCGACUGGUUCCAGUCUUGGCCUGAGGACGCCCUGCAGGCCGUAGCGACCCGCUUCCUAGAUGACGUGGAGCUGGACGACGAUAUCCAGCAAGGCUGCAUCAGCAUGUGCAAGCGCUUCCACACUACCACCCGCAUUCUGUCAGAACGCUUCCUUAGCGAGCUGGAACGACACAACUACGUCACGCCCACAUCUUACCUGGAGCUGAUCAGCACCUUCAAGUCACUGCUCGGCAAGAAGAGAAACAUCGUCUACCGCAACAAGAAGCGUUACGAGGUGGGCCUGGACAAGCUGCAGAACGCUGCCUCCCAGGUGUCUACCAUGCAGCAGGAGCUGGAGGCACUGCAGCCCCAGCUGGUGGUUGCUAGCAAGGAGGUGGACGACAUCAUGGUGGUCAUUGAACGCGACUCAAUAGAAGUGGCAAAGACGGAAAAGGUCGUGAAAGCUGAUGAGGAGGUGGCCAACAAGCAAGCCAUGGCAGCCAAGGCCAUCAAGGAUGAAUGCGACGCUGAGCUGGCUGAGGCUAUACCCAUCCUGGAAUCUGCCCUGGCUGCUCUGCAGACACUCACACCACAGGACAUCACAGUGGUCAAAACCAUGAAGAGCCCACCCGCUGGUGUCCGGCUGGUCCUAGAAGCCGUCUGCAUCCUGAAGAACAUCAAACCCGACCGCGUACCGGACCCUUCGGGCUCAGGCAAGAAGAUUGAAGACUUCUGGCCUCCUAGCAAGAGACUGCUGGGAGAUAUGAAGUUCCUGCAGUCACUCCAUGACUAUGACAAGGACAACAUUGCACCUAACAUCAUCAAGGUGAUUCGGACCAAGUACGUCACCAAUCCGGACUUUGUUCCUGAGAAGAUCCGAAACGCUUCCACGGCUGCUGAGGGUCUGUGUAAGUGGGUCCGGGCCAUGGAGUCAUAUGAUAAAGUGGCCAAGGUUGUGGCGCCCAAGAAGGAGGCCCUCAAGGCAGCCGAGGCAGAGCUGAGCGUUGCCAUGGGAGGCCUGGAGAAGAAACGAGCUGUGCUGCGAGAGGUCCAGGACAAACUCAAGAAGCUUGAAGACAAACUGGAAGCCAACAAGAAGAAGAAGAUUGACCUGGAGAACCAGGUAGACCUGUGCUCUAAGAAGCUGGACCGUGCUGAGCAGCUGAUCGGUGGGCUUGGUGGUGAGAAAGACAGAUGGCGUAAAUCGGCGGCAGACCUUGGUGAGCUGUACAUCAACUUGACGGGUGACGUCCUCAUUUCCUCUGGCCUGGUGGCCUACCUAGGUGCCUUCACUUCAGCCUACAGACAGGACCAGAUCAAGAGCUGGUUUGAUGAAGUCUGUCAGAUGGGCAUCCCCUGCUCGCCUGAGUUCUCACUCAGUUCCACCCUGGGAGAGCAGGUCCAGAUCAGGCAGUGGAACAUCGCCGGCCUACCUACGGACAGCUUCUCCAUAGAGAACGGCAUCAUCAUCAGCAACGCCCGUCGCUGGCCGUUGAUGAUUGAUCCUCAGGGUCAAGCCAACAAGUGGGUCAAGAACAUGGAGAAAGCUAACAACCUGCAUGUCAUCAAGCUGACUGACAGCGACUUUGUACGCACCCUGGAGAACUGCAUCCAGUUUGGCACACCGGUGCUCCUGGAGAACAUCAAUGAGGAGCUAGACCCCUUACUGGAGCCCCUCCUCCUCAAGCAGACCUUCAAGCAAGGCGGGGCCAUCUGCAUCCGACUCGGAGACAGUACCAUCGAGUACUCCCAUGACUUCCGCUUCUACAUCACCACCAAGCUGCGUAAUCCUCACUACCUCCCUGAGACUGCAGUCAAGGUGACGUUGCUGAACUUCAUGAUCACCCCAGAGGGUCUAGAGGACCAGUUGCUGGGUAUCGUGGUGGCCAGGGAAAGACCUGAGCUGGAAGAAGAGAAGAACGCGCUGAUUAUACAGAGCGCUGAUAACAAACGGCAACUGAAGGAGAUUGAGGACAAGAUCCUGGAGGUCCUCUCCACAUCAGAGGGCAACAUCCUUGAAGAUGAGACAGCCAUCAAGGUGCUGUCCUCCUCCAAAGUCCUAGCCAACGAGAUCUCGGAGAAGCAGGCGAUCGCUGAGGAGACUGAGGAGAAGAUUGACAAGACUCGUAUGGGUUACAAGCCUAUCGCCAUCCAUUCCAGCAUCUUGUUCUUCACCAUUGCCGACCUGGCCAACAUUGAACCCAUGUACCAGUACUCCCUUACUUGGUUUGUGAAUCUAUUUGUCAAUGCCAUUGAAAAUUCAGAGAAGUCUGAUGAUCUGGAGAAGCGACUUUUCAAUCUGAGAGAGUACUUCACCUAUUCCUUGUACUGCAAUGUCUGCCGAUCACUCUUUGAAAAAGACAAGCUUCUCUUCUCCUUCCUGCUGUGCACCAACCUCCUCAAGCACGCCAAGGAAGUUGACGAGGAUGAGUGGCGUUUCUUACUGACUGGCGGCAUCGGCCUGGACAACCCUCACUCCAACCCGACCUCCUGGCUGCCCCCGAUGUCCUGGGAUGAGAUCUGUCGGCUGGACGACCUGCCGAGAUUCAGCGGCAUACGCAAGAAGUUUCCAGCUCAGAAGGAGGGUUGGAAGGCUAUAUAUGACAGCCCGGAGCCACAAAACAUGCCACUACCUGGGGAGUGGGAUGAAAACCUUGGCAUGUUCCAGAAGCUGCUCACCCUCAGAUGUUUGCGCUCUGACAAGAUCGUACCAGCCAUCCAGUCCUUCGUUACCGCCAAGCUGCACCGUAAGUUCAUUGAACCGCCGCCCUUUGACCUGGGCAAGGCUUUCAAUGACAGCCACUGCUGCGCCCCUCUCAUCUUCGUCCUGUCGCCGGGAAGUGACCCCACGGCUGCUCUGCUCAAGUUUGCUGAUGAUCAGGGUUUUGGAGGCAGUAAGCUGAGCUCGUUAUCCCUGGGCCAGGGCCAAGGACCCAUCGCCAUGCGUCUGAUUGAGAAGGGAAUCAAGGAAGGCACCUGGGUGGUCCUACAGAACUGCCAUCUUGCUGUGUCCUGGAUGACCACGCUGGAGAAGAUAUGUGAGGAGUUUAAUCCAGAGACCACUCAUCCAGACUUCCGUCUGUGGUUGACCUCCUACCCCUCGCCUCAUUUCCCCGUGGCCGUCCUGCAGAACGGUGUCAAGAUGACCAACGAACCACCCAAGGGACUGCGCUCUAACAUCGUCCGAUCCUACCUGAGUGAUCCCAUCUCAGACCCGGAGUUCUUCACGGGGGUCAAGGCUGAGGCUCAGAGAGCUUGGAAGAAGCUACUGUACGGCCUGUGUUUCUUCCACGCCCUGGUGCAAGAGAGACGUAACUUUGGCCCCAUCGGUUGGAACAUCCCCUACGAGUUCAACGAGACGGAUUUACGGAUCAGCGUGCGGCAACUGGCCAUGUUCCUGAACGAAUACGAGGAAACCCCCUUUGACGCCAUCAAGUACCUGACCGGUGAGUGUAACUACGGUGGCCGUGUGACUGACCCGUGGGACCGGCGUAACCUGCAUAACAUCCUAGCCAAGAUGUACUGCCCAGAGAUUAUUGACACUGACGACUAUCGCUUUGACAACAGCGGACUGUACUUUGCACCCAAGACUGGCGAGUAUGAGAGCUACCUGGAGUACACCAGGAAUCUACCCAUCAUAGCCAGCCCGGAGAUCUUUGGCAUGCAUGCCAACGCCGACAUCUCCAAAGAACAGGCAGAGACCAAACUGCUCUUUGACAACAUUCUACUGACACAGAGUCAGGCUCAGUCGCGUUCCUCCAAGGGUGGGGCCAAGUCCAAUGACGAGGUGGUGACAGACGUAGCCACGGACAUCCUGAGCAAGCUGCCGGCCAACUUUGACACGGAGGCCGGCCUGCGCAAGUACCCGACCACCUACACGCAGAGCAUGAACACCGUGCUGGUGCAGGAAAUGACGCGGUUCAAUAACCUGCUUAUCACCGUGCGUGCCAGCCUCAUCAAUAUACAGAAGGCCAUCAAGGGUCUGGUAGUGAUGUCAACGGAACUGGAGGAGGUAGUCAACAGCAUGCUGAAGGGCAAGGUGCCAGGGGUGUGGAUGAAGAAAUCCUACCCCUCACUCAAGCCCCUGGGAGGUUACAUCAAUGACUUCCUAGCCAGACUCAAGUUCCUUCAGGACUGGUAUGACGUCGGUCCCCCGCCAGUCUUCUGGGUGUCAGGGUUCUUCUUCACCCAGGCCUUCUUAACCGGUGCCCAGCAGAACUACGCCAGGAAGUACACCAUCCCUAUUGACCUGUUGGGCUUUGACUACGAGGUCAUGGACGACAAGAAGUAUGACAAGGCACCCGAAGAUGGUGUGUAUGUGAAUGGUCUGUUUUUGGACGGAGCUCGCUGGGAUCGCAAGACCCGUAGACUGGGAGAGUCCCACCCCAAGGUGCUGCAGGAUACCAUGCCGGUGGUCUGGCUGAAACCGAUCAAGAAAUCAGACCUUUCCGAGCGUCCCAGCUACGAGGCUCCAGUGUACAAGACCAGCGAGCGCCGAGGAACGCUGUCCACCACCGGCCACUCCACAAACUUUGUCAUCAGUAUGAAGCUGCCUUCAGAUCUGCCUGCUCAGCACUGGAUAGGCCGUGGGGUAGCACUGCUCUGCCAACUUGACAAUUAAUUACCAGGAACCCAUGGGAGGGGGGCGUACUCGUGCUGACCCUUGGCCUCAUAAAGAGUUCAAAGUUCAAUUAUCUUCAAUGAACUGCAACCAUUUGUAAAUUUUAAGAUACUACAUUACUAAGGAUUGAAUUUACUGAGUGAACGGAAUCUGGCAUCUUGCACACGAAAGCUUGAACUAUAAUGCACUCAGUCGAAGAGCAAUAAAUGGGCACAUUUAUCAAGUCUGUAAAUAUUUUCAUUUCUGUAACAGUGUUUUUAAUCCCUUGAAAAAUGUUUCUAAAAUAGAAAUCAAAACAGCUUUCUACUUCUACUCAAAUGGAACUUUUUGUGAUCUUAAGGUUUGAACUUAUGCAUGCUGUGAAAAAGCAAUAUAAAUGGUCUCAUUUCUAAUAAUAAAAAAAAGUACAUUUUCUAUUUCUAUCACAGUAUUUUGAUUAAACGAAAAAAAUGUUUUGUUUCAUGUAGUGGCUUAAUUUGGGAUUGAUUUUUUUGGAUUUGUUGUCACUGUGAUAUUCAACAAAUGAUUAUUCAAGUAUUGUGUGGAUUUCUGUAUAAUAGUUCUCAGAUUCUUUCAUGUGUUGAUUGACCAUUUCUAUAGUUCUAAGUUUUAAUUUGUUAAAAAAAAAAUAUUAGUUGUUUAUUUGUUGUGUUCCUGGUAAACUAAGUUACACCAUAAUUACUUUUAUGCAAGAUCUACAUCCGAAGUCUGGGAAAUAUUCCAUUUACUGGCCAGAAGCCGGAAUACAUGUAUAUAAAUGUUGGUCACUUUCAGGCAAUAAUAUUAAAAUCAUAUUUUUGUAGACGAAAUCCGUCCAUUGAGUAGCAAAGAAUAAUGCAGUUUGUUUAUGCUUUAAUGUGUGAUAAGUAUUGUUUCUAAAAUUUAAUACUAAAAGGGUGAAGUCUUUUUAUCUAAUAUUACAUGUACUAUAGUUGAGUGUCCACAUUCCGCCCACUUUAUAAGUAAAUAUAAAUGUAUAUAUUUUGAAGUAUCUAAUAUUAAACACUAUAAUCCGUCCAUACCACUAUCUUGAACACAGGUUGUAUGCAUUGGCAUUGUUUUUGAAAUUUAACUUCCAACGUUAUGAUUCCAUGCAAAGCGGCGUCUUCAUUAAUAACUGAUUUCUUUGACUAGAUUUUAUGCAACAGAUUGUACAUACUACUGAAACGACUCUUUGUUCGGUAUAAUAAUUAUACUGUUUUUGUGUGGAGACUUCCAAUAAACGUUUACAAGUGUUUAAACUCUUGUCUGAAUAA